AUCGUAAUCUAAAUAUCGGAAAAAAAUUUUCAUUAUAGAAGAAAAUUUUUUUUUGCUUAGGCUCUUCUCUUUCUUCUCUUUUUUGUAUAUAGAAUACAUUUAAUGAAAUCCUUAUUCAGUGCCUUUAAUGGUACCAAGCCAUCAUCGUCAUCAGAAAAGGCAAACUCAAUUACUUCUGUUGAAUCCGGUAUUGUCGCACGAAGCGUUCGAUCAGGCGAAGAAAAUGCUGUUGUUCCUCACAUGGGUCUUCUCAGCAGUUGUAAUAUGAUUGUUGGCCUUAUCAUUGGUAGUGGUAUCUUUGCUUCUCCUGGCCCUGUCACACUUAAAGUUGUAGGUGUUGGACCUUCUUUACUUGUCUGGGCUAUUGGUGGUAUGCUCAGUAUGAUCGGUGCUCUUUGCUAUGCUGAGCUAGGUACUAUGAUCACUAAAUCAGGUGGUGAAUACCAGUACCUUAAAUCAGCCUAUGGCCUUUGCUUGGGUCUUACUUUUACAUGGUCUAAUUUAUUACUUACAAACCCUAUUGGUACUGCUUCUAUUGCUACCGUCUUUGCUCAAUACAUCAUGCAAAUGGCCUAUUAUAAUCCCAACGAUCUAUCUGGUGAUGACAUUGUCAUGCCUGGCUAUGCUGUUAAAUUAGUGGCUAUUGCUUGUAUCUGGGUAGUUGUAUUCUUUAAUGCAUUUGGUAGAAAAGCAGGCGCUAUGAUUCAAAAUGUAUUUACAGGCGCUAAAUUACUUGCUCUUGCCAUGAUUAUCAUCAUCGGUUGGGUCUGGCUCGGAAAGGGUCACACUGAAAACUUUCAAAACGCAUUUGCCAACAGCUCCACCAGUGCACUUGAUUACGGUACCGCCAUGUAUAUGGCUCUUUUCUCUUACAAUGGUUGGAACAACCUGAAUUAUGGUAUUGCCGAAGUCAAGAACCCAAAGCGCAAUGUACCUCUUGCCAUUACUAUUUCUUGCUUUAUUGUCACCAUGGUUUACGUGCUUGGUAACAUUGCUUAUUUCGCUACACUUCCUAUCAAGACAGUCGCUACAUCUUCUACUGUAGCUAUGCAAGUAGGCUCCGUCUCUAUGGGUACUGGUGGUGCUUACUUUUUUGCUUUGAUGGUUGUCUUGUCUACUUUUGGUGCUGUCAAUGGUAAUGUUUGGGCUGCCUCUCGUCUUGUGAUGACAGCUGCCAAUGAAGAUGGUGUCUUCAUGCCUCCUAUCUUUGGCAAACUCAAUGAAAAGCGCCAAACACCCAUAUUUGCUCUUAUACUUGUCGGCAUCAUUGCUACCAUUUGGUGUAUUCCUGGUGAUUUUACUUACCUUGCCAAGAUGUACAGUUUCACUGGUUGGUUGUUUUAUGGCUUUACUGUAUUUGGUUUGAUCUUGAUGCGUUUCAAAAAAUCCACACGAGAUUUGCCUCGUCCAUUUAAAAUCUGGCUUCCUUUUGCCAUCUUCUUUGUCAUUAUUGAUAUUUACCUUGUGGUUGCUCCUUUAAUCGAUGCUGGUUCUGCAGGUGUGUAUCAAUACAUUAUCUGUAUUGUCAUUGGUCUUUUGGCUAUUCCUAUCUGGUUUGUGCGUGUUAGAAAACCUGGCAUUGGUCGCUUCUUGUUUGGUUGGAUUCCUGGUCAUCAAGAAGCCUAUAUUCUUGAAACACGUCGUAAAAAAGCAGAAAGAAAAGAGCGUUUAGAUGAAACUAUUCCUCAACCCUUAAAUGAAGGAAAGACCGAAACUUAAUUAUAUAUAUAUUGUAUUUAGACAUUCACUUUUAAUACCCCCUCUCUUUUUUUAAUUCAAUAAAGUGUAUUUACUUCUCAUGC